UAUAAAACGUGAAUCACAUAUAUGUCUCAGGAUCCACAACAUAGCAUUCACAGAAGAAAUUAAGAACAAGAUGGAGGGGAUAGUGCACAAGACGAUAAGUGUGAAUGGGCUCGACAUGCACAUAGCAGAGAAGGGUGAAGGUCCAAUAGUCUUGUUCGUCCAUGGCUUUCCUGAGCUUUGGUACUCCUGGCGUUACCAGAUUGUGUAUUUGGCUGAUCAUGGUUACCGAGCUGUGGCACCAGACCUUCGUGGCUAUGGCGACACAACAGGUGCACCAGUGAAUGACCCCACCAAGUUCACCAUCUAUCAUCUGGUAGGUGACUUAGUUGGGCUUAUUGAUGCGAUCACCAGUGAAGGUGAUCAAAAGGUGUUUGUUGUUGGUCAUGAUUGGGGUGCCGUCGUUACUUGGCACUUGUGCAUGUUUAGGCCGGAUAAAGUCAAAGCUUUGGUGAACCUGAGCGUGCCCUUUCUUCCCUGGAACCCAAUGGGAGACAUGGUCAAGAUGAUGAUAGCCGCAUAUGGGGAGGAUCAUUACAUGGUCAGGUUUCAGGUACCUGGAGAAAUUGAAGCUGAGUUAGCUGAAAUGGAUACUAAAACUGUUGUGAAAAAGUUGUUGACAUUUCGAGAACCAGGACCAAUUUAUAUUCCUAAAGGUAAAGGAUUUAAACAUUCCCCUAUCGAUGCCCCAGUUACCUUGCCACCUUGGCUGUCAGAAGAAGAUGUUGAAUACUUUGCUAGCAAACUCGAGAAGACGGGUUUUACUGGUGGAGUUAACUACUAUCGAGUCCUUCGUUUGAACUGGGAACUCAGUGCAUCAUGGAGUGGUGCCAAAGUGAUAGUCCCCUCAAAAUUCAUCACUGGAGACCAAGACUUGGUGUAUCACAUGCCUGGGGUUAAAGACUAUAUACAUAAUGGGGGGUUUCAGAACGAUGUUCCUUUGUUGGAGGAGGUGGUGAUAAUGGAAGGUGCAGCCCAUUUUAUCAACCAAGAGAAGCCUGAUGAGAUUAACAAGCACAUAAUUGAGUUUUUGCAGAAAUUCUGAUUUACUAGAUCAUCUCAACCCAGCAGUUGAUAUGGGCGCUAAACCAAGAUCCAUGGCUCUUAAUAUGUCGGGUUUUAAUAAUCUGGGAAGUACUAUCUUGAUACCCAUCUUUUAUUUUUCAUGUUCUACAAGAUGGUUGGUUUAGGGGUAUCACAAUUUAUGAACUUAUUAAAGUUUUAUAUUAAUUUUUCUAUAAUGCAUUGAACUCUUCAAAAUUUUAAUGAAAUGUAUUUUUAAUAAUAAAAAAGUUUUUAUUCC